AUGACAGAUAUUUCAGAUGAGUCUAAUAUAGGAUAUGAAGAAGAGGUUGAAGAAGAAAUUAUGGAAGAUGAUUUAGAUAUAAAUAAUGAUGGUUGUGAUGGCGAAGAUAAAAAGAAAAAUUCUGGUUUUCUUAAACAAUUUGCUUCAAAACAACCAUUUUAUAAAAUGUCUUUACCAAUCAGUUAUUCUGAACCAAGAUCAUUUCUUGAGAAAUUAUCUGACCAGGGUUCUUUUUUAGACAUUCUUUUAAAAGUUAAAAAUAUUGAAAAUGAAGAUGAUAGAUUUUUAGAAAUUUUAAAAUUUUAUUUAUCAGGUUGGAUUCAACAAAAGAUUGCAAAAAGUCCAUUUAAUCCAGUGAUUGGAGAGACAUACCAAUGUAAAUGGGUUCAUAAAGAUGGAUCAACCACAGAAUAUAUAGCAGAACAAAUUUCACAUCAUCCACCAUCAAGUAGUUUUUGUAUGCAUAAUCAACAAAAUGGUGUAAUAUUUCAUUCUCAUUUAUCACCAACAUCAAAGUUUUGGGGUAAUUCCCUAGAGAAUAGUAUGGAAGGUAAAUUAGUCUAUGAAAUACCAUCACUACAGGAGGAAUACAUUGUAGAGGCACCAAAAAUCAUUGUAAAAGGAGUAUUGGUUGGAUCAUUAUCAACUGAAACAGUUGGUUCAACAAAUUUAACUUGUAAGAAAACUGGUUACUCUGCUGAGAUUGAAUUCAAAGGUAAAGGUUUAUUUAAGAGUAAACAUUCACUAUUGGUAAAAGUUAAACAUCCUUCAUCAAAGAAAGCAUUAUAUACUUUGGAAGGUAAAUUCGAUGGUACAGUUUCAAUAACCUCUACAAAAACUGGUAAAACCACUGCCUUUUUCGAUAUAAAUAGUGAUCAAAUUCAACCAAUUACUUCUCCAUUACAUGAAUUGGAAGAAAAUAAUUCAAGAGUUGUUUGGAAACAUGUAAUCGAAAACCUUUUAAAUAAUAAUGAAGAUGAAGCUUCAAAACAAAAAACUAUAGUCGAAGAGAAUCAAAGAAAUUUAGCAAAAACUAGAGAAGGUAAACCUUGGAUUCCAAAAAAUUUCAUCAAAGUUGAUAAUGAUGACAAUGAAGAUAGCGCUAACCAAAAUAAUGUAUACUAUUACUCAAAACUAAUUGAAAUUAGAAAAGAAAUUAUGAAAAACAAUUAA